AUGUCAAAGCGUAGUGCCGAUUUUAUGCAAAAUUUUCUUAAAAAAAAAAAAUGUGUCAUUAAAGACAAUGAAAUGGUAGACGACCCAGCUCCCAUUUCGUCAAAUCAACCUAUGAAAAAUGUAGACAUUGAUCCAACAUCAAAUCAAAACAAAGGUACUGUAGAAAAUAUAAUUAUAGAUAUUGGUAUUGCAUUAAGUUCAAAAUCAACAAUUGAUGAUUUUACUAAAAAACAGUUACUUGAAAAUCAUUGGAAACCACCAAUAGGUUACAAUUUUCCUUAUUCAAGUCACACAAAAAAUGGAAUUCUUCGUAAACGAUUUUUGAAACAAGAACAUAUAAAUAAAUAUUUUUGGCUUGUUUUUUCGCCUUCAGAAAGUGGAUUAUUUUGUAUUUAUUGUUCUAUUUUUCAUAAUAAAACUGGUCAUGGAUUUAAUAACCAUACUCAAUUAAAGUCAUUAGUAGUUGAGCCUUUAAAGAAAUUCGCUAAGUUAUUAGGAAAGGAUGGUUACCUUGAAACGCAUGAUAAUAAUUUGUACCAUAAAAAUUCUGUACUGAACGGAAAACAAUUUUUAAAAUCGUAUAAUAAUCCAGAGCUAGAAGUAGUAAACCAAAUAAAUUCACAGCGCCUAAAACAAGUUAAUGAAAAUAGAUCUAGACUAAAACCUAUAGUUGAAAGUUUGAUUUUUCUCGGGCGGCAAAAUAUUGCUUUACGUGGUCAUCGCGAUGAUGGAAGCGUUAAUGAUCUAUCUGAUAACCCAUUAGAGAACGAAGGAAAUUUUAGAGAGCUUUUAAAGUUUAAGAUAUUAUCUGGAGAUAUCGCAUUGGAAAAUCAUUUAAAAAAUGCUGAAGCAACAGCUACUUAUAUAAUUUUACGAUACGUGUACGACAAAACUAUAAAUGAAGACUUUAUUAGAUUUAUAGACUGUCAUAAAAAUAACUACGAUCAAUCUAGUGUCAAUACUGAACCAAAAAUGACCGGAGAAAUAAUAGGAAAAACUGUAAUACAUAUUUUAGAAAAUUUAGCUUUACCUAUGAAUAAUUGUGUAGGAAUAACUACAGAUGGGUGUUCUGUGAUGCAAUCUGAAAAAUGCGGUGCAAUUAAAUUAUUACAAUCUCAAAUGAAAUUUGCUGUAAAAUGUUCAUGUUUUAGUCAUGCUCUAAAUUUAUCAAUAAUGAAAGGUUGUAAACAAACAUUUGUUAGAAAUGCAUUUGGAAUUAUUAAAGAAGUAGUAAGUUUUUUCAAUACUUCAGCUAAAAAAAAUUUUGUUUUAAAAAAUAUUUUAAAUACUUCAUUAAAGUCUUUAUGUGAAACUAGGUGGGUCGAAAAACAUGAUUCCAUUAUGCAGUUUUCUUCGAAUUUGGUUUUAAUUAUUGAAGCAUUAGAUAAAAUAUCUGAAUGGAACGAUCUUGAAACGUCCUCAAAAGCGUCUAUUCUAAUAAAAUCAUUGUCAAGUGCGGAAUUUAUUUUAACAUUAAAUCUUAUGUCCGAUAUGUUUUCAAUAACUGCACCAAUAAGUAGAAUUUUGCAAUCAAAAAGUCAAGAUAAAUUUUCGGCUUCUACAUUAAUAAAUAAUAUGACUUAA